UUUGCGUGUUACGACGUCACUUGUCAAUACUAUCCGCACGAUGGCGACGGAGGCGGGCGCGAUCCACCCGCUCGCGAUCGCCGUGGGCGUCCUGCUCCUCGUGCUGCUCCUCGUCCUCGUCUCGGCGUCGUCGCACCAGCGCGAGAAGCUCCAGUACAUGGCGAAGAAAGCCUUCCGGAAGAAGCGCUCCGAGCCGCAGGCCGGCGCGCACGAGAGCUCGUCCGUUGUCGGCGCGCUGCCGUCGUUCGCCAAGGCUGCUGCCGAGACGGGCAAUGCGCGCAUGCUCCAGCGCUGGGUCUCGUCCCAUGGCGCCGACAUCAAUGCGCGCAGCAGCGAGAACCUCACCGCGCUGCACUACUCGGCACGGGGCGGCCACACCGAAUGCAUGAGAAUACUUUUGGAAGCCGGCGUCCACGUCAAUGUCGAAGACGAACGCCACGUGACGCCGUUGCACAUGGCGGCCGUCGGCGGCUACGGCCUCGGUGUCAAACUGCUCUUGGACUACAAGGCGGAUCCGUUUGUCGAAGACGCCAACCACAACACCGCGCUGACGGUCGCUGAAGCCGGUGGCAACGUGGGCUGCGCGCGCCUCCUGCAGCGUGCGAUGGCCAAGGCCGCGGCCGCCGAUGGCACCGACGCGUCCAACCUCACGCUUCGUGGCGGCGCCCUCGACUCGCAGGUUUAACUGCUCGUUCCCUUUUGCCCCCUUGAAUGUACUUGUGUGCACUCGAUA